UCCACAUCUGGCGGAGGCGUGGCGAGCGAGAAGGCGGGCAAGCCAGCCAAGAAGCCCCCUUCACCCCCCUUAUCUCUUGAACAAGGGGGCAGCCAGAAGGCCAGGGCGGGGGGAAACCUCAUUUUGGGGAGGGGGGCAAAGGUUGGCUCAGAUCCGGGCGCCAAAGAGGAACAAGAGAGAGCGAAACUGCAGCAGCAACAGCAUCCAUGCGCCCUGCCCACUCGCUCCCACCUUUCUGUUCCUCUCUUGCAAUGGAUGCUCCUCGCAAGACCCCCCCGUGGCUGAUCCACGUCUUUUUCCUUCUGGUCGCGCUAAGUGAUGCCAGGGAGGUCCACCUGCCCCCGGGGCCCUUGUACCGUGUGGAGGGCACACCUCUUUCCAUCCCUUGCAAUGUCUCGGAGUACGAGGGCCCGACUGUGCAGCAGUUUGAGUGGUUUGUCUACCGCCCCGCGGCUCCCGACAUCUCCAUCGGCAUCAUCAGCACCAAAGACCCCAAGUUCCCCUAUGCUGUCUUUGGGGCCCGAGUGCAAUCUGGGAACGUGUCCAUCCACCGGGUGCGAGGGGACGCCGUGGAGCUGCGGAUCAAGGAUCUACGCAUGGAGGACUCGGGCGUCUACGAGUGCUAUACCCCAACCACCGACUCCAAGUACCACGGCACCUACAGCGCCAAGGUGGAACUGAGAGUUAUGCCCAACAAGCUCUCGGUAUCUGCGGCUGCUUCUCCCUCGGUCACAAAGCCCCCAUUCCAGGGCCGUGGGCCUGCCACGGCCACCCCAUUGCCAGUGACGCUCCUGGAGAGCCAAGACCUUCAGCUCACCUGUGCAGUGACAAGCGAGACCCGCCAGCACACCCAUCUCUCAGUUUCCUUUGGCUUUUCCACCUCCGUGGAUCUUCGGACACAGCAGGAGGUGAUCGGGGUCCGGAGAGAUUUUGCCGUGGAGCCCGGGGAACGUUUUGCUGAGCGUCACAGAACCCGAGAGCUGUCUGUAGACAAGGUGGGCGACCGGCAGUACCGGAUGGCGUUGGGUUGGCUGAGGCCACAAGAUGCUGGCGUGUACCACUGCACAGCCGGAGAGUGGAUCCAAGACCCUGACGGCAGCUGGACACAAAUUGCCACGAAACAGAUAGCGCUGGCACAAGUCUCCAUCCAAACCAUAGCUAGCCGGCUUGCAGUGUCCGCAAGCCCUCCCAGAGUUGGGAUCAGCUCCGGAGAAGCCCUGGAACUCCUUUGCAACAUCUCAGGAAUUGAGGCUGUCCUUUUACCUCAUGUUACCCUCUCAGUCAGCUGGCAUCUGGGCAAGGGACCUGCGGAGGAAGGACGUCUCGUGGCCCAGCUUGGCGUAGACGGAGCGGUCAUCUUGGGCGAGAGCUAUGCCAACCGCAACGUGGGCAACCGACAUGUGUCUUUACAAAAGUUGGAGUCUCCUGCUGCCUUUUAUCAACUGCGAAUAGAGGCGGCUCAACCAGGGGAUGUGGGCACGUACCAGUGUGUAGUGCGGGCAUUUGUUCAUUCUCCUACUUCACAGUUGCGCGAAGUGGCCAGUGGCAGGUCGGAGGCAUUGAUGGUGGACAUGAAAUCAGAAGCCGUGGUUCUUGAUGCCACUGCAUGGCUUCUCUUCCCCACCAUCUACCGGGGGGACAUGGCUGACGUGCGAUGCAACAUCUCGGUGGACUCCAUCCAACCUGUCUACCUGGCGCUCAGCUGGUGGGUAGAGCAACACGAAGAGGAGUCGGAGCCUCGUGGCACCAUGCUCGCCGCAGUGAGCCGCGAAGGAGUGGCCGACCUUGGGACCCGGCUCUCCGGCGGUGCACUGAGUGUGGACAAGGUCGGGCCUCUCAGCCACCGCCUCCGUCUCCACGGGGUCCAACCCUCGGAUGAAGGGAAGUACCACUGUGCCGUGACAGCUUGGGUGCGCUACCCUGACCAGAGUUGGUACAAGGCUGGAUCUGUGAAGUCGAAUGUUGUCACCGUGUACCCAUAUGCACUGCCCAUGGACACUUUGUUCAUCCCACUGCUGGCUGGCGUCUCCAGUGCCAUCUUCAUGGGGGUCACCAUCCUCGUCUCCGUCACCUGCUGCUUCAUGAAGAGGCUCCGAAAGAGGUGAAGGCUGCCAGGGAGGAAAGAGGUUCUUCAUCCAUCUUCAUUGCUUGUCCCGUUCAAUCGUUGUGAUGAUCUGCUGUCCAUUCUCUCUGUGUCGGCAAGCAGCUGGGGCAGGAAACCCCCUUAUCGUCAGCCGUCCUGCAUUGGUAUCACUUUCUGUGGACUGAACACAUGGUUGCAGCAUUGGACACCCCGCACUCUGUUUCCCAACAACUCUUGGAUGGGCACCUUUUGAUUCCAACUCAGAUUGCUUUUCCUUUCCGUUUAGUUUCUGUACUGAUGUACUACCCUUUCUUUUCCAACCGGCACACAUGCUCGUUUGCACAUGUCACAAGGACCACUUCAUCCAACCACUGCUAGGAACCUGUUCCAAGGAGGAUACUCAUCCUCACAACUUUUUGUUUUGACUUUCCAUUUACUAAAACCUGUUCCAAGGAGGAGACUCAUCCUCACAACUUUUUGUUUUGACUUUCUGUUUACUAAAACCAUGGCCAAACCUCAACUCAUCUCAACCUCUCAUCUGAUUUUGGGCAAAAAAAAGAGACUAAAGCUUUGGAUGAGAGGCCACGAGGAAACUGUCUACAGAAAUGCUGCUGCCUCGACAGCAAGGAUGGGACUUAAAAUGGAGCUGUCUUCCCAGGUUCCUUUGCUGAGGGUAUCCAGGCUCAGUUUCCAGUGGCAUCGUUGGGAUGGGCAAUGGAGAAGAACCCUGUUUGGAUAUCGUCCAGUGGAAGUUGACAAUGCCAGGGUAAAAUACAAGGGUGUCUUCCCACAUUGUCUGACUUGGAGAGCCAAAGCAUCCUCUCUGCUGUCUGAUGGAUGCUCCUAAUACAUAAGUUAAUGCCACUGUUCUUGCUCACCAGCCAUGUUGUUCCAUAAGCUUCAGUCACAUCCAGAAUGGGAUUCCUUUUCAUUGAAGGACAAAAUGAAUACAAAUCUCUGGGAAAACAAACUGGAAGGAGGCGUCAAAGCCAUUGGGGGUAGUUGUCCUGCACUGCAGAAUGGGUGGGGAAGAGGGGAGGGAAGGAACCUUCAUUGGUGACAAAUGAACUGCUGGGAGGGAACUCAAAGUCAAACCCUUUGGCUUUGUUUUGUUGGAGUUGUGGAUUGGAGAAUCUGCUUGCUAGAAAGAAACCUUAGGGCUCAGCACAGAAGUCAUAACAACCAGAUUUGGCAUCGACCAAGGCUGGUUUCUCCCCAGGCGAGGAAGUUUAUUUACAGCUUUUAUAUUCCGCCCUUCUCACCCCGCAGGGGACUCAGGGCGGAUCACAGUGUACACAUAUAUGGCAAACAUUCAAUGCCAAUUUUUGACAUACAAACAUAUACAGACAUAGACAGAGGCUAUAUUUAACUUUUUCUGGCCGCCAGGGGAGCUGUCGCUUUCAUCGUCCAUCUGCGACGCUUAUGAAGCACUUCCGCAUUCCCCGCAUGCUUCCCCGCUGGAAUGCUUUGCCGGAGUCUUCUUUCUGGCCUCAUAAAUCAGUUAAUUUAGCCUCCCCACACUUUAAGGUGGUACCUUAUUUUCCUACUUGACAGAUUCAACUUUCGCGUUGCAAAGGUCGACAACAGGUUACACACAAUUGGUUGGAAACCCACUCCAACCUGGGCUGGCUUCAAACUCAUGACCUUUUUGGUCAGAGUGAUCUUAAUGCAGCUGACACUCAGCCAGCUGUGCCACAAUCCUGGUGCAGAUCUGCACAGAACAGAACCUUUACAAGAAUUGUGUUGUUGAAGGCUUUCAUGGCUGGAAUCACUAGGUUGCUGUGAGUCUUCUGGGCCGUAUGGCCAUGUUCCAGAAGCAUUUGCUCCUAACAUUUUAAUGCAAUGUGGGUGAAACGUCAGGAGAGAAUGCUUCUGAAACAUGGCCAUACAGGCUGGAAAAUUCACAGCAAUCCAGACAGGAGUAUUUCUCCCACACUGGACAUCAUUCCACAGAUAUAUAAACCUCACUUGCCUAGUUUCCAACAGGCCUCACAACCUCUGAGGAUGCCUGCCAUAGAUGUGGGUGAAACGUCAGGAGAGAAUGCUUCUGAAACAUGGCCAUACAGGCUGGAAAACUCAUAGCAACCCAGACAAAAGUCUUUCUCCCACCCUGGACAUUCCACAGAUAUAUAAACCCCACUUGCCUAGUUUCCAACAGACCUAACAACCUGUAAGGAUGCCUGCCAUGGAUGUGGGCAAAAUGUCAGGAGAGAAUGCUUUACGAGAAUUGUUCAUAUGUAUUUUUGUACACGCUUGCUGAGCGCUAACAGAGUUGAAUUUGUAAUGGUAGGACUACCCCGAACGUUAAAAUUCUGCCACAAGGCAUCAAAAUCCUCCAAAAAGCCAAGCCUUUAAAAGGGCCAUUAUUCAGUGUGGAAAGAGAGAUAUAUUUUUAGAUCUGUUCCAAUGAUGGGUUCAGCAGGGAAGGGGAGGGAGUAGAAAAAGAGGGUGAGAUCCAGAUCAAGGAGCUGGUUGAGGAUGUGAGAUGGGAUCCAAUAUGACAGGCUGCCUUUGCCAGCCUAUGGCAGAAUACAUUGUGGAAGAAGGCAUUUAUAUGUGUGUGUACGUGGAGGAGGAGAAGAUGCCAUUAUGAUGAACGGGGGGGGGGGGGGGGCGGGACUUUGCCAGGCUGUAAACAGUGGUCAAAAGAAUGCAAUCACUUGAAACAUCCCAAGGGUUUAGAGUCAAAAUUCAGUUAUUUUAAUGCAACAGAGUGUAAUUUUGAUUAAAAAAAAUAUUGCAGCCA